CUAAGGGAGAUUUUCGCAUCUAUUUUUGCAUUGAAGGGUCAAAUUCGUUUGACAGGAUAUUGAUGUCAUUUUGUGGAACUCAAAACGGCGGCCGCCGCAGCAAAUGGGAUCAGCCGGGGCCCGGCUCAGGCUCCGGUGGGAUGGGGGAGGCUGAAGCUGCACCCACCGGGGCUCUGGAUGCUGCAGCUGCUGUGGCCGCCAAGAUAAAUGCAAUGUUGGUUGCAAAGGGCAAACUAAAACCCUCCCAGAUAGGCACCCCUGGACCACCGGAUAAAUUUGUAGGUGUUGCUAAGCCUCCAAUGCCAACAAAGGCCAAAGAUGACCUGGUUGUAGCCGAAGUUGAGAUCAAUGACGUCCCGAUCACCUGUAGGAACCUCCUGACACGUGGACAAACACAGGAUGAGAUCAGCAAAGUGAGCGGUGCUGCAGUUUCAACCAGAGGCCGUUACAUGGCAGCAGAGGAGAAGAACAAAGCUCUACCAGGGGAUCGACCGCUGUAUCUGCACGUCCAAGGACAGACUAGAGACCUCGUAGACAGGGCAGUUAAUAGAAUCAAGGAGAUCAUCACCAAUGGUGUAGUGAAGGCUGCAACUGCUUCAUCAUCUUCAUCAACCUUUUCCCAGAGCUCUGCUCCAGUCACAGUUUACCAGCAGCACAACCAAACUCCUCCCUCGCUGCCCCCCAUCACCCACCACAAACCACACUUUCAGUCCGGGAUGCACUAUGUGCAAGAUAAAGUAUUUGUUGGUCUGGAGCACGUAAUCCCGGGGUUUGUGGUCAAAGAGCGGGUGGAGGGUCCCGGCUGUUCGUACCUGCAGCACAUCCAGGCUGAGACGGGGGCGAAAGUCUUCCUCAGAGGGAAAGGAUCGGGCUGUUUAGAGCCCGCCUCAGGGCGAGAGGCAUUUGAACCCAUGUACAUCUACAUCAGCCAUCCUAAACCAGAAGGACUCGCAGCAGCAAAAACUUUGUGUGAGAACCUUCUACAGACAGUCCAUGCGGAGUAUUCUCGAUUUCUAAAUCAGAUGAGCUCGAUGAUGCCAUCACAACAAGGCUUUGCACUGCCUCCAGUGGUGAAUGGGAUGCCCCCACAGCCUCCUUACUACCCCCCUGCUGGAUUCCAGCCCGGCUAUCCCAUGCCUGUUCCUCCACCUCAGCCACAACCCGUUCCUCCUCCUUACAUUGUCCCACCACCAUUACCUCCCACAGCACCUGCAUGUGUUCCUCCUCAGUACCCCCUCCCUCCUGUCCCGUCUACUGCUCCGGCUCCCAGCCCAGUUCCAGCUCCAGCUCUGGCCCCUGUACCGGCUGCUGCUUCAGGACCUUUGCCACAGACUCUUCCUCCCGUACCUUUUCCUCCAUCAGCUGCAGCGCUGCCCAAGGCUCCACCUCCAGUCGCCCCAGGAAACCCACCACAGAAAAGACGCUUCACAGAGGAGGUCCCAGAUGAGAGGAACAGCGGCCUGCUCGGAUACCAGCAUGGACCCAUUCAUAUGACUAAUUUAGGUGCAGGCUUCCCAGUGGGCAGCCCGGAGACUGCAGGACCCCCACCACAGAGUUCCUCCGGCUCACCGUGUGAGAGGGACAGUAGGCAGCUAAUGCCUCCACCUACAUUGCCUGUGAAUGGAGUGAGACCCAAGAUGGAGGAGAGAAGGGCACCGCCUGGCCCCGUGGAGCCUACAGCGAAGAGAUUGAAAACUGGUUUGGUGGCAUACACAGGCGACUCUUCAGACGAAGAGGAAGAACACUCGACCUCCAAAGCCUCAGGGCCAGGUAACCCUGGGACAGCUCCCCCUACCUCCACCUCCUCAGGCUGGACACAGGGCUAUCGCUGCCCUCCUCAACCUCCCCCUCGUGCUAAAACACAAACACAGCCGCAGUCUAUGCCUUUCUGGAUGGCACCCUAAAACAGGAAACGUCUCCCUGAGUGCUUUGUUGCGAGUCUCACAGGAUGUUCACCCAAACUGAGCCGGUCUUUCCAUCACAUGUUCAUCUCAUGAAGGACUCUUUAUUUAGGAGCUUGGGUCCAUAUGCACAUAUGAAUGAUUUGGUAGACUCCUGUUUCUUUUGCAUUUUGAUGCUCACAUUAUAGUUUAAAGCUGAACAUUUGAAGGACUGAUGCCACAAACUAUUGUGUGGUUGUUUAAAGGGCGAUUUCUGCCACCAGUUUUAUUUUGAAAAUAUUUAAAAACUCAAGGCCUGCAAAGGGCUUAACGUCUUAGUAGAAAAUAUUAACAUAAGGCCAUGGUGUCAAACAUCACUAUCACUUUUCAUUUGAUCCAAAGUCCUAAUUCAUCACUCCCUCCCUGCACCGGUCUGUGGCACCAUCCUUUUCUAUUCCAAUCUUUUUGUACAGAUGAAAUUGACUUGCGUGUAGUAAACAAAUGAAACUUAUUUCAUUCUUUUAUGAAAUAAAUAAACUUAAUUUAUUGCCUUG